CUGAGUUCACCUUUUUAGAACCACCACCAACCCAGAACCCCUUUUCAGCCCGUCUCCUUUUCCAGACCAUCGGAUACCACCCGUCAGAAUGGAGUCACCACCACAAGACAGCACCCCAACCACACUCACCGACUUCCUCUCCUCCAAUCCACCCCAGACCCAACAACCAACCCAACAAUCCCCCGCGCCCCUCCCCCGCGGCGUGUACGUCCCCAUGCCAGCCUUCUUCCAGGCCGCAGCCACCGACAGCAACGACCACGACGGCGGCAUCGACAUCGCGGCCACGCAGCGGCACACGGCGCGGCUGCUCGCCGCCGGCGCCGCCGGCCUGGUGGUGCACGGGUCCAACGGCGAGGCGGUGCACCUGUCGCGGCGGGAGCGGCGCGCCGCGCUCGAGGCCGUCGCCGACGCCGUGCGCCACGACGCCGACUACGCCCACGCGCCCGUGCCCCUCGUCGCCGGCUGUUCUGCGCAGUCCGUCCGCGAGACGGUCGAGCUCUGCCGCGAGGCGAAAGAGGCCGGUGCGACGCAUGCGUUGAUCUUGCCGCCGGGGUAUUAUCGCGGGCUGAUGGAUGUGGAGGCGAUCGUGGGGUAUUUUGAGCGCGUGGUCGAGAAGAGCCCGCUGCCGGUGGUGGUGUACAAUUAUCCGGCCGCGGCGAAUGGCGUGGAUCUGGACUCGGAUGUGCUGUUGCGGUUGGCGAGGAUGCCGAGGAUUGUGGGGGUGAAGCUGACGUGUGGGAAUACGGGCAAGUUGGCGCGGCUGGUGGAGGGGGUGCCGAAGGUGAGGGGGGGUCGGGAUGACUUCUUUGUCGGGGGCGGCAGUGCCGACUUCAUCCUCCAGGGCCUGGUGGUCGGUGCCCAUGGGACGAUUAGUGGGUUCGCUAACCUCGCGCCGAGGGCUUGUGUGAGGAUUGGGGAGCUGUUUGAGCAGGGCAAGCUGAAGGAGGCGAGAGAGCUGCAGCAUGAGGUCGCCAAGGGGGAUUGGUUGGCGAUCCGGUAUGGGUUUGUCGGCGUCAAGGCGGCGAUGCCCAUCUUCCACGGCCCGAGGGAGACGUCGUGUGCCGUGCCCAGGUUGCCGUUCAAGCGGCUGGAACAGGACGGCCAAGCCGUGAAGGAGAUACGAGAAGGGAUGGCAGGUGUGCUGGAGAUUGAACGGAACCUCGCCGCUGAGGCGGGUGAGAAACGGCAACAUUGGAGUAUUUGAGUAUUAUUAUUAGAUAGACUUUACAGCGCAAGCACCCCUUAUUUCUAACUCGAGCUCUUGACGAGCCAUUCCUUACAUUCAA